AUGCCAACUGACAUUGAGCAGCUAGAUGAGAGCUCAGUCAGCAUUACCUCAACAUCACUUCGUGCGGCGCUGAGUCUGUCGGUUGCUGAUCGGCGGUGGAUUGAUUUCUUGACUCAAACAGUCAUUGACAGCUGGGAUGAAGCCUACCCCGAUCGACCUAGUACCAUGGGCUAUAUGGGCUCCGAGGACUUCAUUCGUCUUCAGUUCGAAGAGUAUCUCCUUGCACUUCUUUCGGCUGUAAAAUACCAUCAAUACCUCCAAAAACCUGAGAGCCCUCCAAUGCGCGGAAUUGAGGGCGAUCCGACGACUGAUUUUGGCUUAGACUGGAUCGAAGCAUGGAAGAAGACGCCCAAUUUCUCACUCUUCAACAAGACUACCGACUCCCAUCUCUUCGACAUCGUGGAGCCUCGGCAUCCAACAGCGGGUAAUCUCACAAUCGAGGACGUUCAAAGACGUGUAAACCAGCACAUCCAAACUCUGCACCUUGACGAAAGAUUUUCGACUGGUAAGGAAGCACUGAACAAGCAUCUCGCUGUGGGCCAACAGAGAUUUUCUACCGCCUUUGCCAGCCUUCAAGCCAAUAUCGAAGCAAAGCGUGAUGCAUAUCGCCAACGCCAAGCCGAAGCUCAAUCUUCAGCAGCCGCGAGUCGCGAUGCCUCACCUGCACCAUCGAAAGCAAGUGCGGCAUCAUCACGUCUGGCCGGUCGCGCACCAGACCUCUCCACAGCCCAAGCGUCUGUGCAAGUCGCGGGGCAGAGAGCCGGCGCCUACAUCUCUUCCUGGGGAGCUUGGGCAUCCGAGAGAAGGAAAGGCUGGGGGCAGAAAAGCUCAGAUGGCGGCGAUGAGAACUCAGCGCCAUCAGAAAGAAAACGUUCAAGCUCACCAUCGCCGAGUAAGCUCACAAGGUGGAGCUCCAAGAGGAGCAGCAAAAGUUCAACUGGGAAGAACGGGAAGGAGGAGAAAGGUGAGGAUGGGAUCGGUAGGCUUGAUGCAUGA